UCACUGGCACUCCCGAUCUACGUACUGUUUGUUCUAAUUCGACGCACUCGCCGCUUUCUCUCCAACUCCAAGUCCUCUGGGAGGCUCUCUCUCUCUCUCUCUCUCUCUUUUCCCCUCUUAAGUUUAUUUGCUUUUUCCUUUUACUCCCUCCUCCCCGCUUCCUCCCUCCAUGGAGGUAUCUCUGUCGAACAACCCUGUCCGCUCUUGAAUGUUUUCCUAAAUCCAAUCCCACACCCACCACCCAUCACCUACGAUGGAUUCCUCAGAUACCCGCCGCGGGGCUUCGGGGGAAUUCGACCAUACCAUCACGGCCACCAGCCAUGAUGAAUCGGAUCCUGCCGAUGUGCAGACGCAGAAUAAUAAACUUCCGGACGAUUUACCCAAGUCGCUCGAUGACCGUCGCUCGGUGCCUGUUUUCCCGCAGGAGACGGAGAUGUAUGAUGCCUGGCAGGGCCAAUCCCAAUUCCUUACUACCCCCGUCGCCGCAAAACCUCUAAGCUUCAGCCUCGCCCUCGACGACCAUUCCCACGAUGACGAACAUACCCUACAAGCUCAGUACGGGCGCGGCCUGGUCCCAGACGACGACGCCCAGUCCACCACCACCGCGCGGUUGGAGGAUAGCGAUACCCGGUUGAUGGAGAUGCUUGCUGCGCAGGCGGCUCACCGGGAAGUCGACUCGUUAGGCGCGGACGAGGACAGCAUCGCGACGGACGAAAAACUGAAAGAUAGCGAGAAGAAGGAGAUUCUACAGAAGAGUCUGAAUAUGGCUGCGAGUAAUGGUGACGUUGAUCGCGUGCAUAAGAUUCUUGGGGGCAAGGCGAAGGAAUACGUGGAUGUGAAUCUGCCUGAUGAGGAGGGGACGGUUCCGCUGAUUUACGCUAGUUGUUUUGGACACCAAGAUGUUGUUUCGGCACUGCUUGGUGCAGGCGCAUUCGUCGACAAGCAAGAUCGCAACCAGUGGAGUGCUUUGAUGUGGGCCAUGACCAAUCGACAUAAAACGAUAGCCAAGAUUCUACUGGAUCACGGGGCGUCGCCGGAUAUCAAGUCUUCAUCAGGAGGGACGGCGUUUGAUUUUGCCCAGCCUGGAAGCGAAAUCUCCGAAUAUCUACAUGAGAAUGGAUAUAAUAUUGGUGGAUCCAGUGGAAUCGAAGACGACUUUUACGACUCGGGAUUUGCGCAUGGUCGGUUUGAGGAGGAGAUCGCGGAGAAUGAGAUGAAACGGCGAAUGAUGAUGGAAGAGAGUGCGAUCAACCUCGAGGUGGACCUGUCGAGCUUGGGGCUGGAUGAGAAGGCCGAGUCACUCGACGAGGACCUCGAGGAUGACCAGCAGGAAUUUGUAUGGGAUAAGUGUCUGAACGAUCAGAUGUUUGUCUUCCAAGACCAUGAGCUGGAAAGGAUACUGGAUAUUAUCAUCACCAACAUGACACCGCAACGAUCACCUUCCCAGAAACCCGUGCCCGCCAACCUUCUUUUCCUCAGUGCGCGGUACGCACAUUACCAUGCUAGUCCGGAAUUGCUGGCGCAGCUAUUAGUGUCGGCUACGGAGAAGAUUAAUGACGUGGUGGAACGGCAUCAGUGGGAUAUGACGAUAUUGGCGUUCUGGAUGUCGAACGCAACGUUGCUACUACAUUACCUGAAGAAAGAUGCUGGAUUGGUCGAAUCUACAAUAGAGUUUCAGCUGCAUCUGGCGGAACUGAUCAAUGAGAUCUUCAUCCUGAUUAUCCGAGACGCGGAGCGGCGAAUGAACAAGGUGCUGGAUGGGGCGAUGCUGGACCACGAAACGAUUCCAGGACUGGAAGACGUCCACUUCCAGAAUGAGUGGAAGCUGUUCCGCUCCAAGUCCAAGGCCAAGCCUCCGGAGCCGGCGGAGAAGCGAUUCCGUCCGCCCUCACCCCGACGGAGGGCACAGAUCUCACCGCGCAACAUCACCUCGCUACUGUCGUCGACACUUUUUGUGCUGGAUCUCUACGAUGUGCACUCGGUGAUCACAACGCAAAUCCUGUCGCAACUGUUGUACUGGCUGGGAGCGGAGAUCUUUAACCGGAUCAUGACGACAAAACGAUACCUGGCGCGGACCAAGGCGAUGCAGAUCCGCAUGAACGUGUCGACUUUGGAGGACUGGGCGCGGACUAACAACCGGCAGCCGGAGCAUUAUGAGAACGGAUCGACGACGAGCACCGGGGAGAGCACAAUGGAUGCGGCACGGAAACAUCUGGCGCCGGUCAUUCAGCUGCUGCAGUGGUUGCAAUGCUUUUCGUCUCUGGGAGAUGACUUUGAGUCGCUUGUGACGACGUUACUACAACUGCAACAAUUGACACCAGCGCAGCUCCUUCAUGCGGUCAAGUCGUAUCGGCCCGAGGUAGGAGAGAAGGGGCUGACGAAGCCGGCGAUGAAGUUCCUCCUAGAGCUUCAACGGGAUCCAGACCUGAUAUACCGGGAACAAGCGAAGCUCGAAGCCCAGAAAGGGCAGGCGGAAGCAGGCGGAGAGUCCUCAGUGGGAACGACGGACGCACGACCGGUGACGCCUCGAAAGGAUGAGCUCACACCAGGCGAGGAUGCGCCACGGACGUCGGAUGUAUCGCAGGGACGAAGUAGCCUGGCGUCACCGGGGUCGGCUGCAGUAUCACCACGACGGAUAUCACGACUGGACGACCGCAACGGGGCAAAUGAAGUGUUUGUCGAUCCGUCGCAGACAUUGCCGUUCUCGCUACCGACCAGUACCGACAUGUUGAUCAGUUAUGGGGCGGGCUGGGGAGGAACGAACCGGGAACGAGCGCGCAAGUAUAUUCCCACGGUUCCGCCGGAGGUAUUGAGUCGGUUUGAUCGGGAAGGGUGAGAGAGAGACAGAGGGGAGAUAGAGGGGAGAAAGAUACCCUACAGGAUGAUGUAUGAUGGACAUGUCCACGUAUAUACAUGAAUGCAAAUAGAGUGUAUGAUUGUUGAUGAAUCAGUUGAUGUAAAGCAUUACGUGGGGGAGAGAAUAGGAUGCGGAGUAGAAGACAGCAAGUGGAUCUCCUGGGGAAGGAAGAGAUAAAGAUCUGAAGAGGAGCAGCCAUGGACAUUGCGAUGAUCUAGAUGAAACCUGAAAGAUGGACAGGAAGCUUGGCGACGCGCAGCCGUGGGGCAUCUACCUUACCUUCAUCGAUUGUAGUAUAUUUUAUAUUGAUACUUGGCAUACUGGAUAUGGAGUAAAUAUGUAC